AUGGCUUGUGUUUCUCUAACUUCUCUGAUGAAUACAAUCCAGUUUGAGUUCAUACAAUCCAGCCCGCCCGUGAUUCUUGAUGAAGAUACAGCACAUAUGAUGAAUUCUCUGUACCAGAAUCUUGGUUUCUUGCUCGCCUUUCUGGAGGAAUUCGAGAAGAAACCGGGAAAUGAUGAUGCUACAAUCAAAGAUUUGGAAGCAAAAAUCAGGGACUUUGCUCUUUCCGCAGAAGACGGAAUUGAAUCAAAUCUGACAAACAUUUACAUGGAGGCGGAGGAGGCGGCAGCUAAAGAUAAAGAUAUGAUGCUCUGUCAGAAGCUACGGCAAGUAGCCGACGACACUCACCAGUUUGUCAACAGAGUUAAACGAGAAUACUAUGAUUCUACCGUCCAAGAUUCGCCAAAGGUACAUACCGUUUCGUCAGAGCUUGAGAGCAUUUCGUUGAGCGAAUCUUCACAGCAGUUCUCAAAGCCAAAGGUUGAGGGCAGAAUGGUUGAGCAUAGCAGUUUUAAUUUGCUUACAACGAAUUACACUGCAUGGAUGAACUACAUUAUAUUCAUGGUAAUAAUGUUACCGAAGAAUAUAUUUAAUUGGUGUGUAAGUAAAUUGAGCAUUUGGUUGGGCGAAUCUCCAAAGCCAAAGGUCGAGGGCAGAAUGGUUGGGCAUAGCAGUGAACUGAAUACAAUAAAAGAUCAGCUCACUCGUCCGCCAUCUGGAAAACGAAAAGUCAUUUCAAUUCUUGGAAUGAGUGGUAUCGGUAAGACAACUUUAGCAAGGAGACUUUAUGAAGAUCCAUCAGUCAUAUCCCACUUUGGAAUUUGCGCAUGGACUACUGUGUACCAAGAAGUUAAUCUCAGACGCGUACUCUGCGACCUUCUUCAGUCCUUUAGCUUCUCCUCCACCCAAGUGAAUACUAACGGAAGCACAAGCGAACUGGCCCAACAAUUGCAGAAGUGUUUGAAGUGUACGAGGUAUCUGGUCGUGGUGGAUGACGUAUGGGAAACCAGUGUUUGGGAUUAUCUCACCAGAUGUUUUCCUGAAAGUGGUGGCAGUAGAGUAUUGCUGACCACUCAGCUAAAAGAGAUUGCUGACUACACUGCUACUUCAGGUACCUAUCUUCAUAACUUGCAUUUUCUAGAUUCUAACGAGAGUUGGGAUCUAUUCCGCAAUAACCUUUUUUGCAAACAACCCUUGCCUUCCAAAUUUGAGACAAUUGGAAGGAACAUUGUGGACAAGUGUAGAGGAUUACCCCUCGCGAUUGUUGUAGUUGCUGGACUUGUAUCCAAACUCAACAACACACUUGAUGAUUGGGAGAAUGUUGAGAAAGAAAUAAGUUGUCUUGCUAGUACAGAUCUUGGUGAACAGUGUUCAAGAAUACUGAAUUUAAGCUACAACCACUUACCUCAGCAUUUGAAAGCUUGCUUUUUGUAUUUAGGAGUUUUCUAUGAAAAUAGUGAAAUUCCUGUUAAAAAGCUUGUUAGGCUUUGGGUGGCAGAGGGAUUUGUGAAGUUAGUGAAUGACAAGAGAUUGGAGGAAGUGGGUGUUGAGUAUUUACAAGACCUUAUUAGUAGAAGUUUAGUCCUAAUUCACAGGUGUAAACCUAACGGCCAAAUCAAGACAUGUAGGAUGCAUAAUCUCCUGCAUGGGCUGUGCAUAAGAGAAGCCAGAAAGCUAAACCUUUUGUACGUUGAAGACGAUGGUUAUGAUCAUGUUGGGGCUUGUCGUUGGCUAAGCUUUAGAUCACCAAAGCCCAAGAAUUAUGAUAUAAUUCGCAACAAUUACAAAAAAGCUCGUUCUCUUUUGUGCUUGCAUAAUGAUGAUGAGAUGGCAAUGGUGAAUGAUCCAAAGCCUGUAAGUUCUUCUAAAAUACCUUGCUUGGUCUCUGGGCUCGGAGGGUCUCGAGAUUAUACUGUCUAA